CGAAAAAACUCCUUCUUCAAACUUGGAAGAAGUCUUCCAAAUUCUGGACUCACCACACUCUCAAGUCUCUCUAGCCAAGAUCUGGCUCCACAUUAACUCGAUAUAUGAGAUCUGGUGUCGAUAUACUGCAGCAAAAUGGAGAGAGGCAGAUAUACCUCUAGCCUCUUUCACCUCUAUUACUAGAAAUC